GGUCUCGGGGACAAGGCUGCUUUCGGGCAGUAGGGGGGCAGCGCGUCUGCCCCUGUUCAACCUUGUAAGGAUGAUUCCUCAAAAAAAAAAAGCUCAUCCACAACUGCAUCCAGGGCGGGCUGCAGGCGGGCACUGACGGCCUUGGACACCAUCUUUACUUUACUUUACUUUACUCUCUUCUCUUGCUAUUCUUGCAUCCUCCUUUCCUUCUGCACAGCUUUGAAACAGUCGACGUCAUUUCUCGCGCGCUGUUUGACUUGCUUCCUUUUGUUUUAGGCUUCUUAAGGCCUACGAACCACUGUGAAGCAGUUUGCAUUUGUGGGCGUCCUCGUUUUUUGUCAGUCCACUUUGCAGCUGUAGCGCGACACUCCCUCUCCAGCGCCCUUCAGCCUUUGCCAGCUUGUGCUUUGGAACUCGACACUGCUAUGGAAUAGGAUUCUGGCGGUUCAGGAGCAUCACCGUGGAGUUGGCGACAUUUCGCUUGUCGGCAUUUUAACAUCUCGGCGAGCACCACACUUCACCAGCUUGGAGCCGGCGGCGUAUCAACCUCUGUGGUUGGUCAUUUGCAUCCGCGCGUGCAGCAGGGUGCUUUGGGUGUGGCGGUCGGGGGAGCCCUGCAGCACUUGGCUGUUUUUUUGGGGUGUGGCUCGUCCUCGUGCCCUUGUUGCCUGGUGCCUGGUUGCCUGGCGCCCGCCCUGCUGUGAUGCCCUGCUUGGCAGCGGACAGCACCCCUGCAGGUGGGGGCAAUGCUGCCAGCCCGUUCUUCAGCCCCGGGCUGCAGCUCCACCUUGCCCUGUCCACGCAUAGCGUGGCGCACGGCGUGCAGGACCUGACGACGCAGCCUCAGGGCCCCAGCCUGCCUACCUACCCAGUCCUUCUGGUGGGUGCCACCACGGGGCUCCCAGAGGGCGAGCAGCUGUCCUCAGCCGGCGUCCGGGAAGUGACCAGCGCUGCCUUGUCAGUGCUGGACACCCUGUGCAGGCAGGGCAACCAGCCGCAGCUCUUGCAGGGCCACUCUCUGCACAGCACAGGCCGCCCCUCCCGCAGGUUUGGGGGGCUGGCCUUCAGCCGGCGCGCGACCAGCGCCAGCAAAGCAGCCUUCACAGCGGAGCUCAUGCGCAGGUCACCGCUGGCGGUACCGCUCCAGCGCGGUCAGGCUGUCCUCACGGUUCACGUGCCGGUGGACACCCGGCCCAUCAUUCCGGGCACCUACACCGUCACGGUCAAGAUUCUUCUCACCGCACAGCUCAAAGCGGCUAAGCUGGAGCACUUUGUUGCCAUCUGGUCGGCGGGUGGCGCGCUUUGUGAAGUGGAGGAGGUUCAGGGGGUGUUCCUGGGGGGCUUCGCCCCCCCCUGGAACGCUUCGCUGGGGGGGCUCAGCCCAAAAAAGCAGCAGCACAGUGGCGCUCCCGCGCCACAGCCACCCUUGGAUCAGCGGGCAGCCGCCGGGCAGGAUCAGGAGCAGACCGCUGGGAUGCGGCGGUACUUGGCCGCGCUGGCGGACCUCAAUCUCCAGCGGCAACGGCGGUUACAGCAACAGCAGCAGCAGGAGCUGCAGCGCCAGGGGCAGUCGCCCAGGCCCCGGACCGGCUCCCAGGUGGUGGUCCUGGCCACACGGGGGGGUCAGGACGGGGCGGGCGGUGGCCCUGGUGCGGCGGCGUCACGGCGUGGGCCACGCCUUGACAUAGUUGACCACGUGGGGGACGUGCAGAUGCAGGAGGCGGCGGGUGUGGGUGACGCAGCGGCUGCCGCUGGUGGCGCCAGCGGACCACCCGCCGUGGCCUCGCCCUCGCUGCCAGCUCUGGUGGCGGGGGGAAGCACCCGUGCUGCUACGGCUCCCCGGAGGGCCGAGCGGCAGCAGCCGCCCUCUUCACAGCAGCGGGUGGCAGCGGGAGGGCUUAGCGGGGGGCAGCUGUCGGCAGGCGUGGGGGGGCCGCCGGCGGCCAGGCGUCGCACUGCCGAUGCUGGGCCGGCUGGCGUGCAGCAGCAGCCCAGUGGGGCUCCCGCGGCACAGCCGCCCUUUGAUCAGCGGGCAGCCGCCAGGCAGGAUCAGGAGCUGGCAGCUGCGAUGCAGCGGUACUUGGCAUACAAGGCGGACCUCCAUCUCCAGCAGCAACGGCGGGUACAGCAACAGCAGCAGCAGGAGCUGCAGCACCAGGACGGUGCUAGCUCGCCGCCGCACGUGCCCACUGGGCGGCCGGCCGGGGGACAGCAGGCUGGUGGGGACAGCGGGUCGGGGCGCCAGGGUGGAGGAGCGGGGCGGGCAGUGCCCCAGGCGCCGCCCCAGGCGGGGUCGCCACUGCAGACGUCACAACCGGCGGGUGGUGUGAAUGUCAACGGCAUGGGCUCGCCGCUCAAGGCGCGGGCGCUGGUCUCGCACCUGCAGCAAGUUGGGGCGGAUGUGGCGAUGGUGCAGGAGACCCACGCUACUGACACGACGGCGCUGGAGUCUUGCCUUCGUGCCGCGCAGGGGGCGUGCCUUCCGUGGCGCCACUGCCUCGCUGCCAGCCCGGCAGCGUCGCCCCACUCCUGUGGGGCGGCUAUCCUGGCGCGGAGUCGGCUGUCCCUUACAGGCUGCGUCCUGCAGCCGCCGUCAACGGAUGCGGCGGGCCGUGUGGUAUGUUGGGAUUGGGACGUGGGUCACCUGCGCCUGCGCUUUGUGUGUGUGUAUGCGCCCACGGCCGUGGCGGACAAGCCUGCUUUCUUUGCCGGGCUGCAUCCCCACCUGGCCACGGACAGGGUGCUUGUUGUCGGUGGGGACUGGAACUGUGUCACCGAUGCCAGUCAGGAGGCGGCCCCUAGCCCGUCACGUGCUGCAGGUGCCCCGCAACUUGCCAGCCUCCUCGCCCAGUUCAGUCUGGUGGACCCCUGGGCGAGCAAGCGUGGCGGCGCCAAGGGCUACACGCAUCCGGCCACACCCAAGCCGGCCACUCCCGCACGCCUGGAUCGGUGGUAUGUCAGUGCCACCGCGGCGCCGUGGGUGGUGGAUGUCGCUCGCACGUAUGGGGCGCCUGGGGACCACAACAGUGUGCUGCUCACCCUGUCCUUGCCCGACCUGCCACAUGUGCACCGGGAGCAGUGGCGCUUCCCCACAUACCUGCUGUUUCACCCCUCGCUGCGUUUGGAGCUCGAGCAGCGCUUGGAGGCGCACGUUGCCGCAAAUCCCGUGGCCAGUACAGGUGACGGCGCUUGCACGCAAUGGGAGGCGGACAAGUUCUUCUUGCGGGAGGCCGCCACCAGCAUCCACCGUCGGCAUGCACGCCAGACCCGGGAUGGGCUGCAUGGCGUGGUGCUGGCCGCAGACGCGGCCGCUGCCCUGGCCGACCGGCCGGGUGCCAGCGCCGCGCAGCGUCAGGCUGCGGCCAUGGCCAACUUGGCGGUGCGGGAGGAGCGGGCAGCUGCCGCAGCGGCCAGCCACAAUGCCCGCGCUGCACUGAUGGAGGAGCAUGGGGAGCGGGGCACUCGCUGGUUCCAUCGGCAGGCUGACGAGCCAGCAGCCGGCGCGCAGGAGCCCAUCACGCACUUGAAGGUGCCGGGGCAACCGGCGCCUGUGGCACUCACGGGGCCGGGCACGCGCAACACUGUCUCAGCAGCCGCCGCAGCCAUGUACAGCAGCACCAGCCCCACCGGCCUGUUCCGCGUGCAGCCGGUCUGUACGGCGUCGCAGCAACAGCUUCUGGCGGCCAUUGACCGCAAGGUUCCGGCGGAUCUGCAGGCUGCCGCAGAGGGGUCCGGUGACGGCGCCCUCAGUGAUGCCGAGCUGAUGGCAGCGCUGGCUGGCUCCGCCAAUGGUAAAGCACCUGGGUCGGACGGGGUCCUGUACGAGGUGUACAAGGUUUUCUGGGCGCUGCUGGGUCCGCGCUUGUGUGCUGCUGCUGCCGCUGCCUUUGCUGCCGCUGCAGACACCCACGAUGGCGGCGAAAUGGCGGCGGCGCUGCCUGCCUCCUGGCGGGAGGGCAUCAUCACGCUCAUCUACAAGGGCAAAAGCCUGGACCGCGCCGAGCUGGCGUCCUACCGGCCCAUCACGCUGCUCAACUGCGACUUCAAGAUGGUGUCCAAGGCCGUCAGCGCCCGCCUGCAGCCCGCCCUGGAUGCAGUUGUGGAUGAGCUGCAGACCGCGUUCAUCACCGGCCGCUGGAUUGGAGACAACGCGCUGUACCUCCAAGGCCUGAUUGAAUGGAUGCGCCUGGACGUGGGCGCGGACGGCACGCCACGGCAGGGUGGUGCGCUGUACUUCUUGGACAUUGAAAAGGCGUAUGACCGGGUGCACCGGCAGUGGCUGUAUGCGUCCGCGGAGGGACUGGGGUUUGGGCCGCGCAUGCUGCGCUGGAUCCGCCUGAUCACUGCCAACGGCUCUGCCCGCGUGUGUGUGAACGGGAUGCUCUCUGACGCCUUCCCAGUGCUGAACGGCUUGCCGCAGGGCAGCACCGCCUCACCACCCCUGUGGGUCAUCCAGAUGCAGCCACUGACAUCCUUUCUGCGGCGGCAGGUGGAGCAAGGGGCACUGCGCACGCCCCUGUUACCCAGCGGCGAGCAGGCGCCACCUGCUGCCCACCACGCUGACGACACGACCCUCACGGCACGCGACCCGGCGGUGGACGGGCCGGUCCUGAUGGCGGCAGUACAGCUGUUCUGCCGCGCGUCCAACGCCCGUGUCCAUCCGGACAAGAGCAAGGCCAUGGGCCUUGGCAGGUUUGCGCACCUGACGGGCCCUUGCCCACACACGGGGGUGCCGUUUACCACUGGCGCCGUGACGCACCUAGGUGUGCCCCUGUCGUGGGACUCUGAUGCGGCUGCAGCUGACUUGUACACCCGGCGGGCUCGCGGCAUGGCGUUUGUGGCGCGUCUGUGGGCUGCCCUGUCUCUGACUCUCGUUGGCCGUGUGCACAUUGCGAAGCAGGUGCUGGCGGCGAAGCUGGCCUACCACUUCAGCUUCCUCAACCCGUCGCCUGCGCAGCUGAAGGAACUCACCGACCUGGUGGACCACUUUGCUGCGCGCUCCAUGCACGCUGAGGACGCCAGCCUGGUGUCGCACGGGAACCCGCUCCUGCUGCCAAAGCGGGAAACGGCCUGUCUGACGUACAAGGAUGGGGGUGUCAACCACGUCAACCUGCCUGCGUUCCUGUCUGCCCUGCAAGCUAAGACUUUCGCCCUUCUUGCCCAGCCAGGCCGGCAACCCUGGAAGAUGCUCACCCGGGCGCUGCUUACCCAUGUGCGCCCGGACUCCGCCACCACGUGGGCGUGGGUGUACAGCGACGCGCCGGCGCCAGCGGGGCUGCCUGCCCGGCUGGCGGCCGCGGUCGGCCACGUGCGGAGCGCGGGCGUGGAACAGCAUCCGCCGCAGCCAGCCACUCAGCCGCCAGCGGCGCCGCCACAGUGGCGGGUUAGCCUGGACCAGCUGUGGGUGGCUAACGCUGCGGGGGCUGUGUCCUACGUCCACUACACGGGGCGGCUCUUGGAGCCUGGGCCUGCCAUGCCGUGCCCGGCGCCAGCACAGCAGGCGGGGGGUUCGGGGACCCAGCCGGCGGCACAGUCGCGGCUGGCGGAGCGGGAGGCGGAGUGGCAGCGUGCAGCGGCGCAGCUGACCACCACGGCGGCGCAGCACUUCCACAAUAACCCGGUGGCUCUGGACCCCUGGCUCCACCCCACCUCCGCGGCCGCCGGGCAGCAGAACACGCCGGCGAGAGAACUGCAGUCGUAUGCGUCCCAGUCCCAGCACUCGGGUGAGGGGCCGCGGCGCUCCGCGCGGCUGCAGGAGCAGGCGGCGGGCGGGGCGGGACCUAGCACUGAGCCUGCCACGGCGGCGGCGGCAGCAGCGGCGGCGGUGGAGGGCGACCCUCGCAUGCUUGCCCCGGAUGCGUCCCUUCUGCGGGGUAUGUGGCGGAGGCUGUGGGACAGCCACGCCAGUCGGGGGGCAAAGGUGCUGGUGUACAGGCUGCAACAUGCUUACCUGCCUUGCAGGCUGUACAGGGCGGGCAAGGGCAUUCGGCCACGGGUGACCACAUCACCGGAUCGCUAACUCAGUUAGCGAUUUGACUCGUCCUUACGGCUGAAGGGACCCGGGUACAAAUCUGGAUAAAAGCCCAAUUACGCAAAAGGUGAAAGAUUGGUGCGAAACCGAUUGGUGAUCCCACGAACGAUAGGUAAUUGCCCUUAGUGGCAAUUGCGGGCUUAUGCCCGCUGCAACCUAGAAAGGUCGUGGUGCAGAAGUCCGAUUUAGUGGCGAGGUCCAAGGUUCAAGACAAGGCUCAAGAUCCAAGGCUCGAGGAGGAGCGCCAUGGCUCCUCGGUUUGCACGAACUGGCAGUGCUCCACUACUAUAAUGCGGCGUUUCCCUAGCUCGAUAUGCUAGGUGUGCAGGCUCGGAUGUAGUGGACUUUGAAGAGCGGCCUAGGACUUAGAGGUUGUAGUUUCGGAGGUUGUGACUCUUUCGUGGUGAGGCGUCAGCGUGAGGGGGGCGGGCCCUCUCGCCCUAGUCACCUUGCCCCGUUAAUCCAUGCCAGGCCCUAUGGGCCGGCGUUGUAAUUAUUAUUAUUA